CAUUAAUACGCGUCUCCUAACAUACUUGAUAACGACUAGCUGAAAAACAUUCUCGAAGAAGCAAAGAAUGAAUAAACUUGUUUCGAGAAGGAUGUCAAGAGGUUUCUCCCAAAAGACUGUGAAAGAUUGAAUGCUAAAGUUCCCUUUUCCGAUGAAGCGAAUCCUUGGUUUGGUAUUGAUAUGGAACAUUUGCUUCGUCGAUUCUAUCUAUAUUCCAAGGAAUCAAACGACCGAACCAAGCACUGAUACGAAUAUCAAAUCAAACCCUACAGUUCCUUCCAAUGGAAGUCAAACUAUUCCCACAGCCAAGACCGAGGAAAACCUAAAAACAAUUUGGCUGUCUCAUCACAUGACGACAGAAACACCAACUACAUUUUCUCCAACAACAAAUAUUGAUGAAGCAGAAAAAAAUACGUCGAACAGAGAGUUUAAAAUGAAGUACGAGCAGUACGUCGAACCCGGAAGAAAUGUGUCAAAGUUACUGGAUGCAGUGUUCGCACAGUACGACAAGAGAAUAAGACCAUUUUAUGAAGUUAAACCUCUAUCAGUUGGGCUCGAUAUUCUUAUUUUAUCAUUUGGAGAGCUCCGAGAGGCGAGUAUGGAGUACAGCGUAGACAUGUACCUGGGUCAGUUCUGGCAGGACCCUCGGCUCGCAUUUGGUCUGGACAGGAUCAUCAUUCUCGGAGGAGAAGCAUUUGAAAAGCUUUGGGUUCCUGACACUUUCUUUGUGAAUUCCAUUGAAAGCAAGAUACAGACUAUGAUGUUUACUAAUAAGAAGGUCUGGAUAAACUUGAAGAACGGCACCAUGAUGCUGAGUGCAAGGUUGGUCAGCAGAAAUUCUUGUAAGUUCGACUUGAGGAAUUAUCCAUUGGACGAGCAGACAUGCCAUCUUGCUUUCGAAAGUUUUUCUUAUUCAGAAAAGGAUCUCAAAUAUAGCUGGAGAAAUCAGUCUGUUGGCAGUGAUAUUGGGGUGUACGACAGAGAAAUGGCCCAGUUUGAUAUCAUCAGCGCAAAGCGAUACCUCAAACACGAAGUGUAUCACUCAGAUAUGUUUUCUGGUUUGACGGCAACCAUCGUCUUCAAGCGUCGUGCGUCUUACUACAUAUUCCAAAUGUAUAUCCCCUGUGUUUGUAUAACUGCCUUGUCAUGGGUUAGUUUUUGGAUUAACCAUGAAGCAAUCCCAGCACGAGUGGGCCUCAGCAUCACAACUGUUUUGACUAUUAGCUACAUGCGGGGAUCUGUGAAUGCGAACAUGCCUCGAGUGUCGUACCUCAAGAGCAUCGACUAUUUUCUGUUGGUUUCAUUUGUAUUUAUAUUUUUCACUCUUAUUGAAUAUGUACUGGUUUUGAAGUAUUCUCAAAAGGCAAAGGAUCUCGUCAAGAAAAACUCAUUGUUAUCAUCAGACGACGAAAUGGAAAAACAACCAAUGCUAGUAACUGUUUCGAUGGGAAAUAAGAGCUAUAACUUCAAGAGCUCCAUUCAAGACUUGGAGAACGGCAAUGGAAUCCCUCUCAAAGAAAGAUCCAGUAAGCUUCAAGUUUUUAAUCGCACCAAUCCUCUCUCAUUCAGGGGGAAAAUUGACAGUUGCCAACCACGGAAAGAAAAUGACAGCGAUGUUACAUCCUUGAUCCCAAAACCUCCUAAUGGCCCUCACCGUCUCGACCAGUAUUCCCGUUUUCUUUUUCCUCUGACGUACACCUUGUUCUUGACAGUUUAUUUUGUUUAUUAUACUAAAGCUUACGAUGAUAGGAAAUAAAAUAUGCUUUCGUUGGGUUCCAUAGAUUUAAUCAACGUUUCUCUGGAUUGCAAGAAACAUUAUUUAUGUUAUUUUUAGUACUUUAUUUAUCCUGAUCAUUGAAUAUGAUUUGUCCAACGCUUUACUGCGAUUUUCGAUAUUCUGCCAAACUUACUCAGUCGGUACCAUUUAUGUUCUCGACUGGCGGUAGUAAAAACCAAUUUCACAACAAGGUGCGGUUGAAGUCUUUGUGUUCACAGAAUAUCGAAAACCGCAGUAAUAACCUAAGAUAUGCGAACACAAUCAAAAACGUCGAUAACUGGCAGCCAUGAUUAAUGAAAAAACCAUCAAAUUUUAAUCCCAGGCUAGUGAUUCUAAUAUUCCUGUCAUCCAGCAUGGCCGCCGUCAUGUGAUGGAUCAGUCUUAAAAUCAUCGCCUUUGGUGAGCUAAACGAGUAAAUAACAUAAAAUAUCAAUUAAGGAUUAUUCACUGAAAGUAAAAUGAAUAUCGUCUAAUAAUCACUGGUCGCUCGACUAAUCACCUGCGCGAAACUCUAUAUUCAGGUCUAAAAUUAUACUAACUAAUAAGUAUUUAAUAACUGAAUAUUGGGAUUAUUUUUUGAAUUAAUCUAAAAGAUUACAUUAGUCAUUAAUGAGAGGUUUCGUAGGCCAAAUACUAUGAAAACUGCUACUUACAAUAAUGGUAUUAAUUAUAUCCUGAUAAUCAAAUACAUCUAAGGAAAUACAUGGAGAUAGCUGAAAGUCACAUCACUCAAUAUAGGUUCUCUGGGAAAUAGUACUCAUACUGAUUUGUCAUAUACAUAUAUCAUCACUUUAUCUAAUAAAGGAAGGAUUAGACUCUCUUUUAAAACUAUGUAAUAAAAAUAAUUUUAUAUAUUU